UGAUAUCAAAUUAUAUAUAUUUUUUUAAAUGGACCCCAAAUGCUGACUGACAUAAAACAACACUAUCAUUUUAAACCAACAUAAGCAAAUGGCUCAUCUUCCUGAUGUGUUUAUACAAACAUGACAUUCAAGUCAACAUAAUUAUGCAAACAUCUCUGAUCACGCACUUAUGGAGGCAAAUGAGGACUCAUCACGUAGGCUAUCAAAACACCGCUUAAAACCAUUAUUCAGUGAUCAUGCCAUGUAUUCUGCUGCUAUUAGGUUACAUGGAGUUGAUUUACAUCCAACAUCCAAAGCGGCAUGACAACUGAAAACUGAUGCAAAGCAUUGCUGCACAGUAGGGGUACUUAACUCAACUCUGGUCUCUCUGUUAACAGAAAGGGGGGAGGCACUGAAGAGACCAUUCAUAUUUGAAAAGCACAGAAGCCUCCCACACAGUGACCUACCAUUCCUCCCAAAUGGAAGUCCCUGUAUUUUUAGGUCUGAACUGUCCUCUUUGGAUGAUAUGUGCUGUCCUCAACAUGUUUUUCAUAUUUUGCCUAUUUUUUCCAAGAAGUGGAUCCAAGGAGAUCAAACAGCCCUUGAAAAUAUUGCUGUCCGUGAUUGUGGUCUGCGCUGCCAUCCUCCAGAUCUUUUUUCUUCAGAAGAUGGUCAUGGGGUCCUCCGCUCUCUACACGACUCUCUACAGAAUCAUCAACAUUAUACUGAAAGACCUUGUGGAGAUCAGCAUGACCACAACCAUGUGGCUCAACGUCUUCUACUUCUCUCAGAUUGUCCCUGCCGAGAAGGGUCCGCUCAAGUGGCUUAAGACAAACAUCAAGCUGUUCAUCUACUGCGCGUUGAUCUUCGACUGGGCCUUUCUCCUCUCAAAUGGACUUUUUGACAUUGUCUCACAUGUGAAAUCAGCACAAAAUGCCAACAAUGCCACGGCCAAUGCCACCCACGCAGUCAACAAACAAGCUCAAGGUGACAGCACUGCAAUAGGGUUGUUUGUGUGUGAAAUCUCAUAUUUACUUCUAUGUCUGUUUGUGAUGAUGAUGACUAGCGUUGCAACAGUGUCGUACCUCAGGGCUCAUAUGAAGACCGUGAAGGAUAGUGAUCUCUCAUCUUCUCUAAGGAGCCAGGCCAGAGUGACAAUAACCGGUAUUAUUCAAACGGUCCUAUACAGCGUGUGCAACGCGUGGAUCAUCAGUUACAUGAUCAAAACCACCUUCUUCGAAACCACAUUCGACAAGAAGAGUCACGUCUUCUACACCAUCAUAUCCAUAUACUCUCUUGGUACAGCACUCAACCUUGCAGUUGGCCAAUCUGUGUUUAGGGUGAGAGCCGCUGAGCUGUGGCGCAAAGUUUCAACCAAGAAAUAGGACUGGAAACAGGAUGAUGGAUGGUUGAGGAUCGUGGUUACUGACUUCAACCUCAAUACAUUUAUCUCCAGUUACAGACAGGUCUGCUGCUUUCCUCCAGUCUAGAAGACAAGACCAAACUAUGCAUGUAUGUAGCUGGAAUGUAAAAUAGCAUGAUAAUCAGUGAAAUUAGUAAACGAGACAAGGACAGAAUUGCUUGAAAUGGACAGAAAUGGCCCAUUCAGAUCAAGCCAUGGAACAUGAUAGCCAAUCAACAGGUUGCUGCAGGAGCACAGUACUAAGUCUGUCAACGAAUUGGCUGUUGAGGUUAAGCCAGAGAGAAUUACCUCUGAUUAAGUAGGAACAAAAUUUCACCAGAGCUGCCCAUGGUGCCUUCAG